AUGCGCAUUCGCCUACAGCCUCGCAGGAGACCACAAGGUAAGCGACCCUCAGGUAAGCUGAAUGUUGCCUUGUUGUCUUUGCGCGCUCAUCAUCUUCAUUUCAACAAUGAGAUAGCUCAACGGCUAGACAACCUCCCUAUCGCCGAUGCCGCCGCUGUCGAGAACGCAUCCGUGGAGAACCGCUGGUGUUAUCUGCGAGACGCGGUCCAGGCGACGGCGCUCGCCGUCCUUGGUCGCGCUCCCCGCCAGCACCAGGACUGGUUCGACGACAACGACGCCGCCAUCAGAAAUCUGCUUGCUGAGAAAAACCACCUACACAAAGCCUACGUAGACUACCCCACUGACGACAACAAAGCUGCUUUCUACCGCAGUCACCGCCACCUUCAGCAGGGACUGCACGAGAUGCAGGACGCCUGGACUGCUCGCAAAGCUGAGGAGAUUCAAGGGUACGCGGACCGCAACGAAUGGAAGAACUUCUUCUCCGCGAUCAAAGCUGUCUACGGUCCGCCGACGAAGGGCACUGCUCCUCUCCUCAGCGCCAACGCAGUACUCUCCUGACUGAGAAGACGCAAAUCCUGCAGCGAUGGGCCGAGCAUUUCCGAGGCGUCCUCAACCGCCCUUCCGUCAUCUCCGACGCCGCCAUCGAGCGUUUGCCGCAAGUUGAGACCAACGUGGACCUCGACCUCCCGCCAUCUCUCCAGGAAACCAUCAGGGCCGUGCAGCAGCUCUAA